AUGCUCAGAAGUAUGGUCAAUUAUAGAUCCUCCACCUUACUGGGAAGGAAAGUUGGUUUGCAUGAUAUUAAUGUAAAUAUUUCGGCUUUACGAUAUGUCAGAGGGUCUAUAGCAAUUUCAGAUAGAUUAUACGCGCAACAAAGUUACCAAUGGAUGCAACAACAAAACAAGGAGACUCAUAGAUUAUCGCAGGAUCAAAUAAAGUUGCUUGAAGACCAAAGCUUUCUCACUACAGAAGAGGAAACUAUCUUCAAAAAGUUAUUAGAAGAAUAUCACCCAGUAUCGCUAUCUGUAAAUGAUAUUUCUGGUGGAUGCGGAUCCAUGUAUUCUAUUCAUAUUACCUCCGAGAAGUUUGACAAUUUACCUAUUUUUAAGCAGCACCAAAUGGUAAAUGAGUUCUUAAAAGAAGAUAUUGCAAAAUGGCAUGGUAUUCAAUUGAUUACAAAAAAAGUAAAAAAACCAAAAAAUUAA